UUUCAGUUCUUAAUAGUAUUAAUAAGUCAUAAUAAUAAUAUUUAACAAUGUCAAAUGUUCUCUGUCACACGGAAUGCUAACACGGAAUCCAGCCAAUCAAGUGGGCGCCUACACCGGGAUCUUGGUGGAAGUCACAUGACGCAGCGGGACUCCACACAGGCCAAUGAACAUGCGCGGAAAGUGGGCUCAAGGAAAUGCGCGGCGUGUGAGUGGACGGCUAGCACCGGGCCGGCCGCCGGGCUCGCUGGUUACGUCGAGAACGCAUACACCUGCACUUAGAGGUCUAGUUCCAGCGUCAUACUUUCCCUCGUCGUUUCUGUCAUAUGGAUGCGCUUUCCUUUCUUACUCCCGCAUUUUCGCUUCAAUUCUUCUCCUCCAAGAAACCACCCACGUCGCUCUGAAGACUGACCGUGAAUGCCACUCGAAAAGAAUAAAACCACCCCCCACCACCUCAACACCAAAGAAUCAAUCUCAGUGAGGUAAUCACUCUUGCAAACAUGGCCCCCAGCGCAAUCGCGGCUCAAAAUGCCACCCCCUCCUCAAAGGCCAGCCAGUCCACCUUCCAUGCCGCUUCCAGCGACGCCGCUAUUGCAACCGAGCAUGACUAUGCCGCCCACAACUACCAUCCUUUGCCGGUAGUCUUCGCCCGCGCUUCAGGAACGUCCGUGUGGGAUCCUGAGGGUCGCCACUACCUGGACUUUCUGUCUGCCUAUUCCGCUGUCAAUCAGGGACACUGCCAUCCUGAGCUUGUCAAAGUCCUGGUCGAGCAAGCAUCGCGAUUGACUCUGAGCUCGCGCGCCUUUUACAAUGACGUAUUCCCCAAGUUUGCCGAGUUUGUUACCAAGUUUUUCGGCUUCGACAUGGUCCUACCCAUGAACACUGGUGCAGAAGCGGUGGAAACUGGUAUCAAGAUUGCCAGAAAAUGGGGCUACAAGGUCAAGGGCAUUCCUGAGAACGAGGCUCUCGUGCUCAGUGUUGAGAACAACUUCCAUGGUCGCACGUUUGCCGCGAUUUCGCUUUCAUCGGAUCCCGAGUCACGAGAAAACUAUGGCCCGUACUUGCCAAACAUCGGUCACUCUAUCCCUGGGACUGACAAGCCAAUUGUCUACAACGACAAGGCUUCUCUCCGCGAAGCCUUCGAGAAGGCUGGCUCCAACCUAGCAGCGUUCUUGGUGGAGCCUAUUCAGGGUGAAGCUGGGAUUGUCGUGCCAGAUGAUGAUUAUCUUCAAGAGGCCCGAGCUUUGUGCGACAAGCACAACGUCCUCCUUAUUUGCGACGAGAUUCAAACAGGCAUUGCCCGUACUGGCAAACUUCUUUGCCACGAAUGGAGCGGCAUUAAGCCUGAUUUGGUUCUGCUUGGAAAAGCGAUUUCUGGAGGAAUGUAUCCUGUUUCUUGUGUGCUCGGUCGCAAGGACGUCAUGCUUACCGUAGAACCUGGUACUCAUGGAUCGACGUAUGGAGGUAACCCUCUCGGUUCUGCCAUUGCGAUUCGAGCUCUCGAGAUCAUCCGCGAGGAAAACAUGGUAGAACGUGCUGAACAGCUGGGUCAGACCUUCCGCAAGGGACUCGAAGCGAUUCAAAGCCCUGUGAUCCAGACCAUCCGUGGCAAGGGAUUGCUCAAUGCCAUUGUUAUUGAUGAAAGCAAGACCAACGGACAUUCCGCUUGGGAUCUCUGCAUGUUGAUGAAGAGCAAGGGCUUGCUUGCCAAACCGACUCACCAGAAUAUCAUACGUCUCGCCCCGCCUCUGGUGAUCACCGAGGAGGAGAUACAGUCAGCCUUGAACAUUAUCGAACAGGCUGUGAAAGAACUUCCAACACUUUCAGGCAAGGGAGAAGACGAAGUCGUUCCUCCGCCUGAGAAAAAGGUGAAGAUUGGAGUAGACAACUAAGUCCCAUCCAGGACUUGGUGGAUCGACAUAGCAUGGUUUGUAGCUCCAGUCCAAGCCAGCGUAUGCGAGUCUUGGCUUCUCUGUACUGGUGGUUGCAAACCCACGGUCGCGGAAGUGCAGACAGGAGCAAAUUCAACCCGCCGAUAUGGCCAGGGAAAAGGGAUUAAAUAGGGGGCUUCCUGGGCAUAUGCCAGCCUGAGCGCCCACUGCAAAUUUCCCUCAUAGGAGUAAGCUGUGCGCAGCCACAUUGGCGACCCGGUUGAUGAUAUGUAGGUGGGGGAAGCACAACCGUAGGCUGACGAUAAUGCCUCAUAAGCGUUGAGGAGGCAGGGUUAGCCUCAUGAUUAAUGAUUAUUGCAAAAGUCACGUGGUAUAGUACGCAGCAGAAUGAAUAGUCCAAUCAUAGUAUGUUUUUCUUAGUACGAGG